UCUAAAUUUCUUUUCAACUUUCUUAUUUUCAAUCUCCCAAAAAGAAAAUAACAAUGCUCAGUGCUAAGAAACUCAUCAAGAUGGUUAGGAAAUGGCAGAAGUUAGCGGCUAUGCAGAGGAAGAGGAUUUCAUUUCCAAGAAAUGAUGGUGAUGCAGACAGUUUCAGUACAUCUUCAUCCUCUAUAGUUGAGAAAGGUCAUUUUGUAGUCUAUACAGCAGAUCAAGCCCGCUUCGUCGUUCCAUUGGCUUACCUCGAAAAUGAAGUCAUCAGGCAACUAUUAAGCAUGUCUGAAGAAGAGUUUGGGUUGCCAAGUGGUGGCCCUAUUACAUUACCCUGUGAUUCAGCCUUCAUGAGCUACAUCAUUUCACUUGUCAAGAAAGGCGUAGCUGCUGGAGAUCUUCACAAAGCAGUGCUCCUCUCGAUUCCUUCAUCCUGCUGUUCCAUUUCUUCUAUGCACCAAGAGAGUGGAAGCCGACAGCGUCUUGUUUAUUGAGUCAAAGACAACAUAUUUUAGUAGAUGCUAGCUCAAAAAUAGUUUUUAGAGAAUCAGACAUUGACGAGUACACAAUUGUAAAGCAGAUCAUACAAAAUUUUACUACUAAUUUAUUUGAAAAUUUACCGUAUA